GCGACAUUGCAACAUCGGCUUCAAAAUACGGAUGGCGAUUGCGAUUAUUGCUGUCAAAAUACCUAAGCCUGGUGAGGCUUUGCCUUGUGUUAUCUGAACAAAAGACAUCAGAUGAAUUGUGCAUUGUAUUUUUUUUCUCAUAAAAACCGUGCACUCACCAAACACGAUGGCAAAUGAUUGAGAACUAACUGGAUUUUGGACGGACACUCGACACAUGACUGAGUUAUGCGCGUUUGAGCUUGUGAGUGCGUAUGCGCGUAACGUAAAGCGGGACAGAUGAACCUCAAAACACGGAAAUUGUGCUGUCGACGCGGUUUUUUUCCUCCCAGUGUAUCAUGAUAUAUUAAUGUACAUGUCUGUGAUUUCAAGUGUUUGAUUUGUAGCUACAUGAAAACAGAACAGAGGUCUGCAUCGGUCUCCAGCUAGCCAUGGAUGAUUCUGAGAUUUCGCCCUAUCGUCAAACCCUGUUCUCCAUCUCAAGAGGUUUGACUGACGAUGAGGUUGGGGAACUGAAAUUUCUGUGUAAGGAUCGGCUCACUGUGAGCCAAAAGGAGGGCAUUAAAAAUGCACGGGAUCUGUUUGACGUCCUGGAGAAAAUGGGGAUCAUCUCAGAGGACAAUUUCAAUUUCCUUAUUGAAAUAAUGGACCACCUGCAGUGCCAAGUCCUGAAGAAAAAGUUGCUGGAUCUACGCAAAAUGCUAGGUCACUCAGUUGAAAUGGAGGAUGAGUCACCAUCACCCCCCACAGCAAGCUCCAGAUUAGGAGCUGGCGCAGGCAGAACCCCAACUAGCAGCAAUGCAGGUCCCAAAGGUGGAGUGACGAUCAGGAAUAGCCCUAUAACUCUUGGGAGUAGCAUAGGAAACACAUACAACUAUGGCCAUUCAACUAGGACACAAGAUGGGUUCGCAUCACCUCCGGCAGCAGGCCUUGGCACACAGAGCACCCCAGGGGGCAGUGAUGCUCGUCCCGUGGGUGGAGCAACGAUCACUAACAGCCCUCUGACUUUUGGGAAUAGUUUCAGAAACACUUACAACUAUGGUUCCAAGAAAUCUCCUCCGACUGCCUCAUCUCACUUUCAAUCCCAGGGGAUGGAGCCAAAGGCAGGUCAUUCCACUGGCCAUCGUCAAGAUACCUCCCCAGCAUUGUCGUUCUCCUCCUGGCAGACCAGAACCAGCAGUUCAUCUCCUCUUAAUCCUGGUGUACUGAAGACGCCAGCGGACUUCUCCCUUCAUGUCCCAAAGGCGAGACCAGCGGAAGCAGCCAUGGAUGUCGACCCAGCUGAUGGCAGCAGCUAUGUUAUAAAUCCUCCUGAUGACAGCCAAGAUAUACAUGCACCCCUCACUGACAGCGCAGCUCCCAAGAGCCCCUUGCUCAAUGCCACUCCAUCUCCCUCCAAAACCAAGUUGAAAAAAGCCCGGAUAAAUGAAAAGCCAAUCCUGGAUUGGCCAAAUAUCAUGACUCCCCAGCCAUCAGAAUCCAGAGCUGGUGAUGAGGGCUGCCUUCUGAGACCAGUUUCUAACCCAGAUGCAAGCCCACAAGUGGAGUUCCAGUCGAAAGGCGAUGUGGAGACUGAUGCACCUGGGCAGGCCGAGCUGUUCAAAGCACCAGCUUGUGAUGUGUCCUCGAAUGGGGCUCAACUGGAAAGCCUAAUAUCUUUGCUAUCACAAAAUGGCGAUGUUGUUAACGGUAACAAAGAAUUGGACAAAAUUGGUCACGGAGUUCAGGAUACGCAAGCAAAUGGCGAUGAGACCACAAAAGUGGUCCUUCGAGACUACCAGAAGGAGCUUGCCCAUUACCCAUUGAUGACAGGAGGCAACUACAUCAUCUGUGCCCCAACGGGAAGUGGCAAGACUCUGACUGCAGCCAGCAUCUGCUACAAGAAGUAUGAGGAGUUCCAGGCCAACCCUACCCCAGGCAAGCACUUCAAGGCACUGUUCAUUGUCAACAUCCGCCACCUGACACAGCAGCAGAGCAAUGCCUUCCAGGAGUACUUCCCAGACAGUUUGGCCGUCAGGACCAUCGGAGACCAGCAGCCGUUCGAGUAUGCCCUGAUGAAAGACAAACCCAUGCCGGUCGUGUUGAUGCUGACUGCGCAGAUCUUUGUCAACGCCCUGAGACAGAAGAUAGUGUCUCUCCAAGAUCUUGACGUGCUUAUCUUUGACGAGUGCCACCACACGGAUCUCCUGCAUCCCUACAAUGUCAUCAUGAAGAUGUACCUGAAGGAGAAAACCGCCGCAUCUCAAGGGGUGGGAGAGCAUGUCGGAAGCCUCCCUCAAGUGAUAGGGCUCAGUGCCUCGCUUGGUGUGGGCCACAGCCAGGUGGCACUGAGCCACAUCCUGAAGCUCUGUGCAAACAUGGAUGUGCGUGACGUGAUACGUGUUCGCGAUCGCAGGAACAAGAAACAGCUGGACCAGUUUGUGAAGGCCCCCGAGCAGGAUGACGUCAUAUCUGUGCCUCCAAGAGCCCCCGCCGAGCGACACUUUGGCAGCUUGCUGGAGAUGAUCAUGGGCAAGAUUGAAGAUCAGCUCGGAGAAACCGCGAAGAUUUCUUUGCCUCGCCACGGCUGCCAACCAUAUGAAAAUGAAGUCGUAGCUCGUCAAGAGAAGUCCCCCGAGCACAAGCACAUUGUGGUAUACAAAUAUCUCAACGCAUACAACAGAGCUCUGAUGCUGUAUGAAGAUCUGCCCGUCCAAGACUGUCUUCGCACACUGGAGGAGUUCUACGAAAGUCGAUCUGUUUGUCAGAAUGAGGCAUAUACUCCAGAGGAGAAAAUCUGUCGUGAUCUCUUUGACAGGAAUCUGGCAGAGAUGGAGAGGGCAGCUAGAGAGGAAGGCGACGGCAACCCUAAGCUGCAGCAGUUGAUCAAACUCCUGGCCGACCAGUUUACACUGAAUCCAAGUUCAAAAGGCAUCAUCCUGAACCGUAUGAAGGUUGCCACUGUGGCUCUCUGCGAGUUCAUCCGAUCGUGCCCAUGCCUCAACCAGCUGCCCUGCCCUGUCCGGCCUGAGCGCUUGGUGGGCCAGGGAGCGUUGGAUGAGUAUUGCAUGACGGAGAGCCAACAGAAGAUGAUCUUAGAGAGCUUCAGGCAGGAGGAUGGCUGCAACGUGUUAGUAGCCACUGACAUCGCCCAGGAAGGGCUGGACAUGCCGGCCUGUAACUUUGUCAUCCGUUACAACUUUGUGAGCAACGAGAUAGGCACGGUGCAGUCCAAGGGAAGAGCCAGGGCAGAGGGCAGCAAAUGCUACCUGAUUGUCGAGAGUGGUUCUACAAAUGAGCAGAGAGAGCUUGAGAAUCGCGACAAGGUGAAGAGCAUGGAGAAAGCCAUGAAAGAACUGGAGGCCAUGCCCCAGGAGGAGCGAUUGAGGUGCAUCCAGGAGAAACAAAGGGAGGUUAUUGCAGCGAUGCAAGAGGCAGAGCACCGGCAGCAGCAGCUGGCCGCUCAGAUGAAAGGACAGCAGAUACUCUUGAAAUGCGCCGAGUGCAAACAGCCAGUCUGUUACAGCUCCGACCUGAGACGCAAGGGAGCGGGGGGCUACGUGACGUGCAUCAAUCCCGAGUUUGAGGAUCGGGUGACUGAGAUGACACUGGAGAAACCAGCGACACGCUUCCGGGAUUCCCAGAGCGUCUGCAAAAUUAUGUGUGGCACUCGCACCUGCAAGAACCAGUUUGGCACCAGGGAAACGUUCUUCAUCUCCUCCGACGAGUCACUUGGCUUCAGCCUGCGAGCCAAGAGCUUCAUCGCUCAGUACGGGUGCGGCGGCGAGAAGAGACUGAAGAAGUGGAAGGAGCUAGCCAUCGUUGACGAUGCUGAUCUGUGACCAACAAGUCCGACAACUCACAGCCUGUGUGCCUUGAAAUUAUAUUAAAAAUAUCAAGUGGCACCAUUGUCGUGAUCUGUCGUGGUUUCCACUUCCGUCUUUGUAUUGAAUCUUUUAAGAAAUACUAAAAAUGCAGAAAUUCAAUUGACUAGCAGACAAACAAAAUUAAUCUGUAAAUUCCGCCCAGCCAGUUUAAAUAUGCUGUUGGGAGCUUGUCGUAAAUCAUGUAUUUUACCCUGAAAUCGUAAUACGUGUUGUUUUAGGCAGCACAGAGAUUAUGGUUGCAGUUUAUGUCAAAUUAUCAAUCAUGCUGACAUUUGUGCAAUGAGGAACUUAGCCCCUGUGUGACCCUUACAUGAGAAUUUACAUCGUAUUAAGAACAGUCCGGUAAAAUAGGUCGGGUCUUUGUGGUGGGUAGAAAUAAGGGUGGAGCUUGCCAACUGAAAUGGGUGGAUACGUGAAUUCUGGAUUCCAGUGAAAACUUGUUCAAAAUUCUUGACUUCGUUCAAUACAAUACACUGCAGUGUUAGCGUCAAUUGUUUGAGGUGUAUAUAAUUGUGUUCAACUGUAUAGUUCAGAUAACAGCUGGCUCUAAAAGUAAAGUUGUCAAUUCGGCUGAAAUUAACAAGUAAGAAAGUGGACGCCACUCUGGCCUCUCGCUCCAAAAGCUCCCCAUGGACAUGUGUCGUCUAGUGUCAGAUUUCAGGUUCAAUCCUGUCCUUAUUACAUCGAACCACCUUGUGUUCUUGAGCUGGACACUUUGCUUCAAUACCCUCUAGCAUUGGUUAUACUGAUUACCCCACAAAUUGUAAAAUAGUAGCUCAUAUUUAGUCCUCUGUCAGAUGUUGGAGAAACAGAUGUGAUACAGAACUAGUAAUGUUAAAUUAUUACUACAUAUAUAUUAUUAAUCACCACACCUUGUUCUUUAGUAUUAUAUUCUAUGCGAAUGUGGGAUAAUUUAUCCUUUUUAAGAUGAGUACUAUUUUCUUAUUGGAUUUCCAGAAAUGUAUAUCUUUUGCUGUAUUUCUUUCCUUUUUAUCUGUUUAUCUUGUAAAGCUCAAGCAAAAACUCUGAAAUCUUUAAAAGCUGUUUUUCUUCCUUUAGAACAACUCUCUGAAUUUUUUUUUUUUUGGGGGGGGGGAAAGUAACUUUCCUACGAAUUAACCAAACAUUUCGGGUUAACCCCGUACCAUUUUAAUCAAUUCUACUUAAAUUUGUAAGCCUUUUCUGUUUCAGUACAAGUUUAAUUGGUUCCCCUAAAGUGAUCGGCAUAUGUCCUAUUCCUUCAGAAUGAUAAAGUUGGCCUUGGUUGUUAAAAAUGCAACUCCUGCAAUUUUAAGAAAUUUACCGUUCAAAAUAAACUUAUUCAUAGCUAGUUGACACCA